AUCUGGCAUUACCAUUCUUUUAUUUUUCGUUUCCACUCGCUAGUUUGGUACAUUGUUCAUUUUAAGUAUUCUUAAGUUGUUUGGAGAAAGACCCAACAAGGAUUUAUACUCAAAUACCAUUCGGAAAUGCUUGUUACCCAAAAAAUGUUCCCAAAUCUUAAUUGUCAUUGUAUUAUUGAUUUUACUUGCACAAGUAAUAACGGGGACCUGCACAUAAAUUAUUCAAUUAAAAUUAUCAUGUGUGUGCCACGUCUGGACAGAAGUUGGGGUACGUAGCAUUAGUACUUUAGUAAUACUUAUAAAGAGUUAAAUUAAAUAAAUAGAGAGGAGGGUAAAUCAAUUUGUGAUACCAUUUAGCUAAGUAUCUGAGAAAGACCCGACAUGAUCAUACAUGUUUUAACAGUUCAUUCCGCUAAAAAAGGUUAAAUUUGGAUCCCCUUGACCUUUAUUUUUAGCUAGGCCAUUGGACUGAAACAGUGACAUAACUCAUAUAUUCUUCUUUAUUUUGUUAUAUUAUAUAGGUUAUUAGGCUUUUUUCCUGAUUUCCGGUGCUUAAAUCUGGAUAUCAGCACAAUAAAACGAUAAUACGAACGGGUAAUUAAUUGAGUGCAAAUUUAUAAAAAGCUUUUAUUUAAUUCAAGAGGAUAUAACUAUAAAUUUAUAUGAACAAAUUUCUAAAAAGUAAACAUCAAUAUUGAUGAUGUCGAUGUUGUUUCCGCGCAUUAAAAUUUGAACCAACCUAAUAAAUUAUCAACAUUGACAAAGUUGUUCUCACGCAUAUAAACUUGUGAAAGAUCAUAGUAACCGAAAAGAAAUGAUGGAGCAAUCAUAGUCUUGGCGGGCUAAAGAGAAGUGGCAUCACUUCUUUGCUUCUUGAAAGAAACAAUUGUUUGGCUUCUUUGUGGUGAAUAAGCCACAUAAUAUCUAAACCGGCAAAUUUUGUCAUUUAUUUUUCAGUUUGGUUUUAAAUGACUGCUUGAUAUUCUUUGUUUGUUUGGUGAUGAAGUGGAAUCAAAUGUCUGUGUUGUUGCUUGAUUCUUAUACAGAUUCUUACUUGUCAUUGCAUUAUUCGUUCUCUUUUGAAAUUUGCACUGGUAGCAAGGUGGUUUUUUGAAUAUGUUCUUUUAUAUUGAUAUUGCUUCACAAAUCAGCUAAGUAUGUGACUUAAAAAUAUGGUGAACUUCUUAAUUUUGUAAUGUAAGCUCACUCUACGAAUAUAUAGAGUGCAGUGGUCGUGUUGAAUUUUUCAUACUCGCCUUUAGGCUUUAGUAUAUAUACGUCUCCCUCUGUCCCUUCUGUAAAAUAUACAUCUCUUUCCCUCCCUCUCUCUCUCCCCCUCCCUCCGUCUCUCUCUUAAAAAUAGAUGGCAGAACUGAAACAUUUUUUUCAUGAGCAUAAGCUGAUACUGAAUGAAGCUGAGCCUGUUAUCGAUAAGGAAGUAGAAUGUGUUGGGUGCAGACGGCCAAUAAACAAACUCAUAGACGCGUUUUAUAAGUGCAACAAUUCCCUUAUUGAUAGCAGUCCAUCGAGUGAUUGUGUUGGUUUCUAUAUGCAUAAAACUUGUUCUGAGUUGCCCUCAACUUUUACACACCCUUUGUUCCCAAAACAACCUCUAAGCCUCUUUGCGCUUCCAUAUAAAAAACAAAACUUUUUUUCUUGUGAUGCUUGUGACAGCGAAUCUCAGUGCUUUAUGUAUUGUUCUGAGUCUUCUGCCAAUUGGGCCAAUUCCGAAUUUCUUGUUUGUUUGAAAUGUGUAAUAUCAGAACUUAAAUCUCUAGAGGAACGAAACCGUUAUCAUCCGGGUCAUGAUCACCCAUUAACCUUAGUCCAAAGCCCAGCUUUGUUCCUGUGUCAUGCUUGUAACACUACAGCAACAGAUUUGUCCUAUAUUUGUACAACUUGUCCUUUCUGGAUACACGAGAGUUGUGCCAAUGCACCCAUCACCUACCAAAGUAAAUUUCACAAUGAACACGCUCUCAUCUUGAACUACUCUCUUCCCCAACAAUUUCGUCAAUUUACCUGUUUCUGCAGCAUCUGCGAUGAAAAUAUAAAUCCCAUCGACUGGGUUUAUAUUUGUGCAAAUUGCAGAUUUUUUGCUCACGUGAAAUGUGCUUUAUCAACUUUGAUCGUAAGUAAUAUGAAUGAUGAAGCAGAUUGGGGACAUUCCAAUUUAAUGCACUUCCCUGCACAUGAUGAAGCAUCACUACAUAAAGUGAUGCAGCAAUGUAUCAUGAAGGUAGCAAAUGCUCACCAGCAUGAUUCUGCCAAUAUUGCGGAACCUUCACCUUAUAUCAAGCAUUGGGCCCAUAGGCACCAGCUGGCACUUAGAAACAAGAACGCGACAACUUAAAC